AGGCGGGGUUCGGCCCCUAGGUUCGAAUUUCUAGGCCUUUGUAGGAUAUAGAACUGCCAAUUAGCGCCUAGUCCUCCGCGAGGAAGACGGAGGUGGGACCUCGGGGGCACGCCCAAGACGCCGGAUGUGUAAUUGAAUGAAGGAAGCGUCGGUCUCCUCGGUUCCACCACCUUGGAAAGCCCCCAAGGAGCACAAGCACAGGGUGGAGGAGCUCACAGUGGGUCUUACUGUCACCGGGGAGCCCUGCCACUUCCCUUUCCAGUACCACCGGCAGCUGUACCACAAAUGUAUCCACAAGGGCCGGCCAGGCCCCCGGCCCUGGUGUGCCACCACCCCCAACUUUGAUCAGGACCAGCAAUGGUCGUACUGCCUGGAGCCCAGGAAAGUGAAAGACCACUGCAGCAAACACAACCCCUGCCAGAGAGGUGGGAUCUGUGUGAACACGCUGAGCAGCCCCCACUGCCUCUGUCCAGAACACCUCACUGGGAAACACUGCCAGAGAGAGAAGUGCUUUGAGCCUCAGCUUCUCCGAUUCUUCCAUGAGAACGAAAUGUGGCUUAGAACGGGACCAGUAGGUGCGGCCAAAUGCCACUGCAAGGGUCCUGAUGUUCACUGCAAGCCAGUGGCCAGCCGGGAAUGCCGCACCAAUCCGUGCCUCAAUGGGGGGCGCUGCCUCGAGGCGGAGGGUCACCACCUGUGCCAUUGCCCGAUGCGCUACACUGGACCCUUCUGCGACGUGGACGCCGAGGCGAGCUGCUAUGAUGGCCGCGGGCUCAGCUACCGCGGCAUGGCCAGGACUACUGUCUCUGGCGCCGAGUGUCAGCGGUGGGCCUCGGAGGCCACCUACCGGAACAUGACUGCGGAGCAAGCGCUGAGCCGGGGACUGGGCCACCACGCCUUCUGCCGGAACCCGGAUAAUGACGUCCGCCCUUGGUGCUUUGUCUGGAUGGGAAACCGGCUGAGCUGGGAGUAUUGUGACCUGGCACAGUGCCAGGCCCCACCCCAGCCAGCAUCUACACCCCAGGUUCACCUUGGGCGUCAGGACCUGCCCAGUCCCGGGCUUUCAGUGUUGCAGACGCCUCAGCCCACGACCCAGAAGCCAGCCUUGGCAGAAGAAACGUCCAGGACCAGCUCGGUCCUCUGCGGACAGCGGCUGCAGAAGCGGUUGUCCUCUCUGAGUCGUAUUGUCGGCGGACUAGUGGCACUACCUGGGGCGCACCCCUACAUCGCCGCACUGUACUGGGGCCACAAUUUCUGCUCCGGCAGCCUCAUUGCCCCCUGCUGGGUGCUGACUGCGGCUCACUGCCUGCAGAACCGCCCAGCGCCCGAGGAGCUGACGGUGGUGCUUGGCCAGGACCGCCACAAUCAGAGCUGUGAGCACUGCCAGACGCUGGCCGUGCGCUCCUACCGCCUUCACGAGGCCUUCUCACCCACCACCUACCAGCACGACCUGGCUCUGCUGCGCCUGCAGGAGCGCGCGGACGGCAGCUGCGCGCAACUGUCGCCUUACGUGCAGACGGUGUGCCUGCCCCGAGGCGCCGCCCCACCCUCCAGCGAAUCCGAGGCUGCACUCUGCGAGGUGGCCGGCUGGGGCCACCAGUUCGAGGGAGCGGAGGAAUAUUCCACCCUCCUACAGGAGGCACAGGUGCCCUUCAUCUCCUUGGAGCGCUGCUCCACCCCCGAAGUGCACGGAGAUGCCAUUCUCCCUGGAAUGCUUUGCGCCGGCUUCCUUGAAGGCGGCACAGACGCGUGCCAGGGUGACUCCGGGGGCCCUCUGGUGUGCGAGGAUGAGACAGCAGAGCACCGGCUCACCCUUCGAGGCGUCAUCAGCUGGGGCUCUGGCUGUGGUGACCGCAACAAGCCUGGUGUCUACACUGAUGUGGCCAAAUACCUGACUUGGAUCCAGAACCACACAGCUUCCUGAUUGCCCAGGGACUGGUCUUUCCCUCCUGAGCUAUUCCAGUGUGGGAAGUUGUCUGGGGCAUGAUCAUAGACAGUAAAGAUUGUGUCCUGUUCCGGCAUCACUAGCCAGGCACCAGGGGUGGAGGGACUCAAUAAAAUGCUUUGUAAAUGCUUCUCAGGAAAUGG